AACAUCAUCAUCCAACAACCUCAACCUCCACCAUCAUCCCCAACCCCCAUACUCUACCCAUCACCUAUGCUAUCAUGCGCCACUCUAACACUACUCAUUCCUCACGCCCCUAUACCCCCUACCCCUCAACAUCAAUCAUACAACAACCUCCACCACCACCCACCUCGCCACCUCAUCAUCUUUGCUAUCUUGCGCCUCUUUCCAACACUACCCAUUCCCCACCCACCAUCACCACCCCAUUUAUAUCUCAACUUCCCAUCGAAAUACAAUCACUUAUAAAAACACCACUCAAUUUUCUAAAACAAAAACUACAUAAUACCAUAAUACGAUGUCGUCUAACCUUGAUGUCACCGUCGCAGAAACAUCACCGCCGGCGGUGGAGGAGAAGCCUCCACCUCCGGCGAGGAGAUUUCCACCGCCGUGUUGGACCCAAGAAGAAACUCUAGCCCUAAUCGACGCCUACCGCGAGCGGUGGUACGCCCUCCGCCGUGGCUACCUCCGUACGGCGGACUGGGACGCGGUAGCAGCCGCCGUGACCAGUCGCUGCCCAGACGCAUCUCCGGCGAAAACCUCCGCCCAGUGCCGCCACAAAAUGGAAAAACUCCGGCAACGUUAUCGUGCUGAAAAGCAACGUUCCCUUGCCUCUCCAACCGGUAGGUUUUUUUCGUCUUGGUUCUUUUUUGAUAACAUGGACGCUAUGGAAAAUGGUACUACUGUUGCAUCAAUCAAAUUAAAUCAACAAUUAGCCGAAAAACAAGUCCCAUCAAUUGACCCAAAUUUAUUGAAAUUAAAGAUCAAUCAAAAGAAUGGUGUGAAUUUUCUUGAUGAUUGGACUCCAAAUAUCAUGUUAAAUCAUGGCGUUGCGAAAACCCCCGAAAGAAAUAUUUUUUCUUCUAAGAUUCCAAAUGGGUAUUGUUUUAACAAAGAGGAAAUGCCUAAUGAUGUCGAGUUUGGAAGUGGGUUUCGCGUAAAAAAUGGAAUUUCAAUGAAAUCGAAGCGAUCAAUAAUGAAUAGUACUAGUUUUGAUUGUGAUGAAGGAAGUGAAUAUAAUGGGAGUAGUAAUGCUAGUGAUGGAUUUCAUGUAAGAAAUUUUGGUGAAAAUUUUGGUAUUUCGAGUUCGAGAAGAAACUGUGGUGGAAAUGUUGAACCCAAUGUUGAUUCUAGGUUUAGUACUCCAAAAUUGGGGAAAAAGGGAGGUGGUGUUGGGAGUGGGGGCGGAGGGGUGAAAAGGGGUAGGGAUCCGAUUGAAGAGAUGGUUUUAUCGAUUAGGUUAUUGGGUGAAGGGUUCAUGAAAGUGGAGAAGAUGAAGAUGGAGAUGGCAAAGGAAGUCGAGCAAAUGAGAAUGGAGAUGGAGAUGAAGCGGAACGAGAUGAUACUCCAAUCGCAGAAGCAGAUUGUGGAUGCAUUUGUGAAGGUGUUGAAUGAGGUAAACAAUAAGAACAAGAAUGUUGUUUCACCUGAAUCAUAGAGCUCUAAGGUGGAGAGUUUACGUCGAUUUCCAUUGUUUGUGGAUGACGUUGAUAAUAUCAAGACGCCUCCAUCCCAAACUAGUUGGAGUACGGUUCAUUUCCAUUGUUUUGGAUGCAUUGGAACAACAACAACAACGCUGCCGCCUCUAUCCCGGACUAGUUGGAGUUCAUGUUGAUAUGAAGCUUCUUGAUUUCAAGGUUUGUGCUUUAAUUUUGCUGCCUAUUUAUGACUUUUGUGUGAUCAUAGAUCAUAGUUUUAGGUCUGUUUUUGCAUUUCCAGGCAAUCUGUGACAUAUUGUAAUGUGUAUAGCUACUAGUUUUAGUAGUAGUAAUAGUUAUUUAUUUAUAUAUAGUAUUGUGUAGUAGGAUUAAGAAGUGAGGGAUUUAUCGUGAUAUGAUUCUAAUGAAAUGUUACAACUCUUCAGCCUUCAUCAA